UUAUUUUCUUUACGUGUCCAGAAUUUUCUUUCGGCUUUGAAAUUUUAGCUUCGUGAACGCCCUCCAACUUGAAGAUGAGCGCCGAAGGAACUCCUCGUGAAAGAACCUUCAUCUGUGUCAAGCCUGACGGUGUCCAACGGGGUCUUGUCGGUGAAAUCAUCAAGCGCUUUGAGCAAAAGGGCUUCAAGCUCGUAGCGCUGAAGAUGAUGCAGGCGUCCGAGGAAUUGCUGAAGAAUCACUAUGCUGACCUUUCUUCAAAGCCCUUCUUUGCUGGUCUCGUCAAGUACAUGGGUUCUGGACCUGUCGUGCCCAUGGUUUGGGAAGGACACGGAGCUGUCAAGAUGGGCAGAAUGAUCCUGGGAGAAACAAAUCCUGCGGAUUCUAAGCCUGGAACAAUCCGCGGAGACUUUUGCGUUGAGGUUGGAAGGAAUGUCGUGCACGGCUCGGAUGGUGUGGAGUCCGCGAAGCGGGAAAUCUCCAUGUGGUUCAAGGAUACUGAAUUGAACUCAUGGGGCCAGUGCGCCGAAAGCUGGGUGUACGAGUAGGCUACUUCGUUCUUCCAAGUCUUCGAAGAAAUUGGCAGGAGCAGCAACUUUGAAUGAUCGUAGUUGUUGCCCCGGCAUAUCAAGAACUGUCAUCCUGUGCAUGAGAAAUGUGAAGCUUGUUAGAUGCGCGACGAGAUCAGGAAUAAAUGCCGAAGUCGA